AUGUUGACUCGAAAACUGCCCUAUUGUUACGAAUAUGUGGACAGCUUUGACAAAUUGGAGGAGACAAAAUUACCAAGUCGUGAUGAGUUUUAUUCGUCUUUGUCCGAGGACACUAUUUCCAAAGAGGAUUACGACUUUGCUCAUGACAUUUGGAUGACUUUCAAAAUUUCGUCUGUUAGAGAGUUUAUGGAGUUGUACGUUGCGGUCGACACUCUUAUUCUGACCGAUGUCUUUGAGGCUUUUCGAGACAUGUGCUUGAGCUACUACAGGCUCGACCCUUGCCAGUACUUUACUUUACCAGGCAUGGCUAUGGAUGCCUGUCUCUUGAUGACAGGCGUGAAACUAGACCUCAUGACCGAACCUGACCAGUACAACUUUGUCUCCAAUGCCAUUAGAGGGGGCGUGGCUAGCAUCAAUCACAGAUAUGCCCAAGCCAACAACAAACAUAUGCAUGAUUUUGACCCUUCCAAACCAGAAUCAUACCUGUUGUAUUAUGACAUAAACAAUUUGUAUGGUGCAGCCAUGAGUUGCCCUUUACCACUAGGACAGUUUGAAUGGGUAGACGAAACGGAAAUAGAUAAUAUUGAUUGGUUGAAACUUGACCCUGAAGGUGAUGUGGGUUACAUUGUGGAGUGUGAUUUGGAAUAUCCACGUCACCUUCAUGUCAUGCAUCAGAGUUUACCUCUCGCACCCACCAAAGAAAGCAUACCCUUCGAAGAAUUUUCGCCCUAUCACAAAGACUUGCUUGCAGAGUUAGGUAUGUUAGGAAAAAAGAACGAAAAAAAGCCGGCCACUGGGACCAAACUUUUUUCAACCCUGAAAGAUAAACAAAACUAUGUCUCUUAUUUCGGAACUUUGCAACAGUAUCUACAGCUAGGUUUGAAAUUGAAAAAAGUACACCGAGUUUUGAAAUUUUCUCAAUCAAAAUGGAUGGAGUCAUACAUCGACUUCAACACGAAGAAACGAAAAGAAGCUACUGACAAUUUUUCCAAAGACUUGUUUAAACUCCUGUCAAAUGCUGUGUAUGGAAAACAAUUGCAAAAUGUACGAAAUUACAAGCAAAUUGAACUUAUCACGACCGAGGAAAGGUUGAGAAAAUACACAGCAAAACCAAAUUUUAAAAGUGUCAACAUAUUUUCUGAAAACUUGGUUGUGGUGAGCAUGGAAAGAGUGUCUGUCACUCUGAAUCAAAAUGUCUCGGUGGGCUUCACUAUCCUGGAACACGCUAAAAGACUUCUUUACGAUUUUCAUUACAAUGUAAUGCUAAAGGAAUACAGCAGCAACCAUGUCCGAGUUUGCAUGACGGACACCGAUAGUCUAUUUUAUCAGAUCUGGUCCCCAGUGGGCGGUUCUCUUCGUGACCCUGAAGACUUUUUGCUUGCUAAAUGUCACCUGUUUGACACAUCCAACUACCCUCCAGGUCAUGACCUUCACUCCAUGGAUAGACACAAAGCGAUAGGUUUGAUGAAAAAUGAGGUAGGAUCAAAACAGAUAAGAGAAUUUGUGGGACUUCGUGCAAAAAACUACAGCUUCAUUUUUGACAAAACUCCAAGUGAAAAGGUGGAAAAAUGCACUGCCAAAGGUGUGAAGGAAGCCUUCAAGAAAAAACAUCUUCGUCACCAAAUGUUCAAAGAUUGUCUUUUCAAACGCAAACAAAGUUUUGGCUCUUAUCAUCAGAUUCGUUCUCUUCACAACACCCUUUACACAGACAAAGUGACCAAAUUGACCUUAACACCUCAAGAUGAUAAACGUUAUCUCCUCCCGAAUGGGUUGGAAAGUCGACCUUACGGUUUUAAUCCCCUCUAA